AUAAGAAUCACCUUAGCAACUAUGAUAAAAACUCAGAUUCGUUAUUGUACUUUGAACAAUUAGAUACAGUAAACGUCUAUGUAGCUCUCAACCUGAAGCCGUCCAUAUUGGAAAAUAUUUUCCGGUUUUGUUAUUUUAUAAACAGCGAAAGAUGGAUUCGGCUAUGGCUUGUAUGAAAUAUUUUCUUUUCACCUUAAAUUUCAUAAUUUGGUGUUUAGGUGGAGCUCUCGCAGGUAUCGGCAUAUUUAUCAGAUCGGAUGAUUAUUUUUGGUCAUUCCAAAGGGGAUUAGCUUUGGACCAAUAUUACCAGGCAUGCUAUAUUAUCAUUACUGUAGGAGUUAUUCUCCUUGUAGUUGGCUUCUUAGGUUGCUGUGGAGCAGCUAUGGAUAGCCCCUGCAUGCUUCUGACUUACAUUCUGAUCAUGGCUUUUAUAAUAAUUUUGGAACUAGCCACAGCAGUUUUGGUUUGGAAAAUAGCAGAUGGCGAAAAGUUGCAAGAGAUUUUAAAAGAAAAGAUUAGAGAUCAAAUAGAAAAAAGAAGCCGAGACGAUGAAGCUAAACAGUUUGUAAAAUUGUUGCAGAUGCAUCUUGAAUGUUGUGGAGCUCAAGAUAAAAAUGACUAUGGAGAUUCAGCUGUUCCGGAAUCGUGUAACAGUCAAAGAACAAACAACGUUUUCAUUUAUGGAUGUGCAGAAAAUUUGAGAAGAUACCUUGAGAAAAAGGCAGGAUUAAUGGGUGGAUUAGUGCUUGGAAUUGGUUUUAUUCAAAUCAUGGCACUAGUCUUUACAACUUGUUUAUUCUGCGCUUUGAGGGAAGAAGCUAAAGAAUAUGUUUGAUAAUUUUUUUUUCAAGAAAAGAAAUUUAUAUAUUUUAAUAAUUAAUCUUAUUCAUACUUUUAUACAUUUUUAA